AAGGAAUCCCCACCCUACCCAUUCCGGCCGCCAUGGGCGCCGGCCCGAGCUUGAGACAAGCGGCGGCAGGGCUGUGUUUGGCAUUGAGCCUCCAGGGCUGCGGCCAAGAGAAGUCCAGCUGCGCCAAGAACGACGCCACCUGCGAGGAGCUGCGUGUGCUGCGGAAGACCCUCGGCACCUGCAACGGCACCUCAGAUCUCUUCGCGGGGUUGCCGCAGCUGAGGAGUGUGAGCGCCUCUUGCGCAGCGGUGGAGUUUCAUUAUGCCAAGGACCUAGCGAAAGUCUACAUCUACGGACUGGUGGCCAAGGACGCCGAGUUCAGCGCGGAAUGGGGCGAGGGGCAAAAACCUUUGGCGCUGGGACGCGCCAAAUCCUCGUCGUCCACGGUGCGGAGAUACCGCGCGCUGAUGCAGAAGCUGCCUCCCGGGAAGCCCUUCGAGGUGAAGCUGGCGGACCAGGCGGAUGCCAAGUUCGGAGGGCUGACCUUCAGCUGCGCAUCGACGCCUCAGGUCACCCAGUCGGUGCGUCAGCAGGUGGCGGCGCCCUUCAAUGUGCAGCUGCAUCGGACGGACCCCCGGGUGAACGUGAAGAAGCAGGAGGACUCGGUGUGCAUCGACCUCCACUGGUCCCACCCUCAGCCGAGCCUCCGCAUGCUGCCGGAGGACGCUUACUUCCGCAUCCUCACGCAGUACGAGGGCGAGGAGGUGAAGAAGUUCUGCGAGGACAAAAUCGGCCAAGUGCGGCGGAACUGCGGGGUCCCAACGGCCCACACAGGGGAGAGCUACAGCACUAUCUGCGGGCUGUGGCCGAAGAGGCGAGUGACCUUCACGGUGGAGGCCUUCAACUGCGACGGGGGCUACGCCUUCGCCAACGCCUCCGCGGUGCUGCCGCCCGCGGCGCCGGUGUUCACCGCCUCGCUGAUCACGACCCCGGGCAGUCAGGAGACCUCUGCGGGUUUCUGGCCCAAGGUGGUGAUCGACUGGAUCCCUCAGCACCACCCACUCAUCCAGGGCCACGCCAUCUACUUGGCCUUGACGGGCAUCGGCGCGAUGAAGCUUCUGUGCUGGAUCCCUUUGGACCGGAAGUUGGGCAAGGGACAUUUGCAGCUGCCCAUCCAGCAGAAGAACCACACCCACGCACGGGAUGCCGCCAUGUUGCACGACUACCUGGAGAGGUAUAAGGUGCACCAGGAGCAGCAAGUGUUGGUGGCCACAAGAUCCUCGGCCAACAACUCUCGGGGUGAGAUCCUGGAGUCUCCGGUGUCUGCGUACAGCCUGAAGGACUGGCUGAUCAUGGAGCGCUACGUCAAGUGCCUCACCUCCUUCGGCGCCGCCAACCCCUCCUACGUCUCGCGCCCGGUGCAGCUGAGUUGGACCGAGGAGCAGAGCAUGAUGCUCUACGACUGAGGACGUCCAAGUCAUUGCGGCCAGCGCCAAUGGCGAGGGCGUGCGAAAGCGUAGCGGACCAGUCGAGCGAGGUGUUGAAAAAUCGGUGACUCAGGGGACCGGGGUGGUUUUGUUUUUCUGAUUCUGUGUGGCCGUGAAUUUCUUUUCUGUGUGUGUGUGAUUUGUUGUGUGGCCCUGGUGUGUGUGUGUGUGUGUGUUUGUUUUUUUGUUUUUGUUUUUUUUUUUUUCUGUGCGUGUGGUUUUUGAGCCCCCGUUGA